GACCUCACCUUCGCCAAAGCCGGAAGCUGCAGAAGUUGCAAGACGAGAGGGAUUUCACCAGACGCGAAGAGUAUGGCGUGGAGGGAGGGAAGGAGGGAGGGAGGGAGAGAGAGAUUUCCAUGGAGGGUAGAAGAGGCCAGCCAGAGACCAGAGAGCGGAAGUGGAGCCAAGGUUCGCGAAAAUGAUCUGACCAUGCCACCAAUGGGAAUUGAGCUUUCGCAUCGGUUCCGAUGGUAAGUGAGGGCCGAGUGGCUGGGCUGGGGACGGCCUUCGCUGUUCGAGCACCAGAUUCUGCUUCUUCUGAGACUUUACUCGACGAGGACAUGGGACGUAUCGGAAGCAACGAUACGAGUACAGUACCUGGAAAAAGCCCAAUUGGCAAACUACUAACGUACUUCCAUAUGGUGUUCGAUCAGAUUAAUUUCCGGUACUUGGCGAGUGCAUGCUCUUGCAUGAAAAUUCCGUAUUUCCUUUCGGCACACAAGGCUCGAUUCUGCAUUUUGUUCUUUGGUUUGGGGCUUUUGGUAAAGCUGGUUCGGUCUUACGAAGACUACAGUUAUUGCAAGCUUUGAGGCAGAGGAGGGACUCGGCGGAAGCUUAUGAAAAGUCUUCACUUGGAAUCUCUUCACCAUGUUCCUUAUUGAUGCAAUGACGUCCUCUCCGGUCACACGAAUCUCUCAUCCGGUAGCCAAAUGCAGUAGUAGAACAGGCGAUGCUGGUCUCUUCUACGCAGAUUUACAUACGCGGCUCUCGCAUUAUUAGCUAGAUCGAGAACUCUGUUCCGCACUCCUUAGUCCAAUUUCAACUACCGGUAUUAUUAAUUUUCUUAUUUUUUGCUACUUCUUUCGCC